AGUUGGAAUUAAUCUCUUUCUUUACCCCUGGAAAAAGGAGUUCAAAAAUAUUAAGGCUUUUGUCUGAUCCUAGGAAAGUAACUCCGAGGCAUGUGCUAACCCUUGACUCCCAGCAUUAGAGCCUGCUCCAGGACCUUCAGCUUGUUGCUCCACAGAUGUUUGCCUCAUCCCCCUCUGCUUCGGUCUCUUCACUAAAGUUUGACUGCUGAGAAACUAUGGCAAGGGGUGAGAUGAGCUCUUCACAGCAGGGGAAGGUGGCAGAGGAGAACCCUGGUUACUGUGCGGGCUGUUUCCUCCUGGUGGUGCUGACAUCGGGUGGGAUCCAGCCCCCAGAGUGCUCCCGGGGGUGCUUUGCGGUAUCCUGCCUGGGUCUGUGGAGCUGAACGGGGCUGAUUUAGGGAGAGCCUGGGAGACGAUCUUGAAAGUUAAGGGUUAAACUCUGGCCAGCUGGACUUUAAGUAGCAGGCAGCAUUCAAAGCACAGCGGACAAGUGGGAUGUGAGAAGCCGGAAUAUGCAGGCAUUGGGAAUUGUGGGUGGCAUUGAAAAGCCAAAUACAAGAACAGAAACAUAUAUUUUAAUAUAUAUUUCCAUUACAGACACAAGCACAAAUUGUGAGGUGGGGGUGAAGUGCAUCUCAAGAGCAACAUAUGUGUUAUCUCAUGCCUCCAUCUAAGUAUACAAGCAUGGGAUUAAUGUCUAUUUAACAUAAAGCUGAAAGUUUGGUGUACAGAUGGUAGGAAGUUGGGCAACAGCAUGUGUAGCUUGUAGCAUAGAUCUGUCUUAAAUGAAUGCUAUCACCUAGCGUUGUUUCUCACAAAAUGUUACCCUUCAAAUCCGUCCCUAACCCACUUGCAAUGAUGCUAAGCUGCCUCUUCAGCACAGGCGUACUCAGGAAAUUAUAGGCCAGUGAGUCUGAUCUCAGGCUAGGUAAGAAUCUAAUGACGAUAAAAUGAGAUGAGAACACAAAGCAGUGGGAGAAAUAUGAGUCGAUAAAAAUCAGCCAGUGUGGCUAAAUCUUGUCAGGCAAAUGUAGUGGGGUUUCUCCCUGCCCCUGCUUUUAAGGUGAUGAUGCAGUGAGCAGUCGCACACAGGAAGCGAUGGACACAGACAUCUGUAAGACACUUGGCACAGCGAGGCAUAACAGACUGAUGGGUAGGAUUAGUAGGUACAAAAUGUGCCCGGGAGAUACCAAAGGAGCAAAUGUGACUGGCAUGCUGAAAAACUCAUUGCAUGCAGAUUUCGGAGCCAUGCACAGACAGCUAAUACGCAGAAUCUCAUACCACACUGUGUGCAAAAUAAAUACUGUUAAUGCUGUUUGCAGGUGGGGAAACAGGUCCAGCGAGAUGACAUGAUUUGCCAAAAGGGAGAGCAAUGGAACUGGAAAUAAUGCUUUCCAGAUUAAUUUCAUUAGUAUGGUGUACUGUGACUGUUUUGGUAUAUCCCUGCUCUAGCCAAAUAAUUGUGGGGUACCGAGAGAGGCUUUACAGAGAACCUCGGUCUAUGUUCAGGCAAUUUUGCUUCAGAAUUUUCUUCUGUGCCUAUUUAUGAUGAUCUUCUUUGUCUUUAUGAGUCUCACCAAGCCUAUCUUGAAAGAGAACUUACCUUUCAAUCUGCUGUUAUGGAGGUCAAAUGUUAGGAGCAUGCUUUUAGGGAAAUAUCUUUGACCUCAUUGAUUAUGUUGUAGCUCUGGCUUUUCUAAAGAUUAGGACACUGUCUGCUUUAGGAAUGCAACUGAAAAUAGCACUUUUAUUCUCUGCUCUCUGUUUGCUCUCUAAAAUUAAAUGCUCUUGUGGUCUGAGUGGAAGCCAAGAGUGGUAGUAUGCAACACUUUAGCUGCAGCUGGCUGGCUUGGAGACCUCUCAACUGGUCUUCACAAAUUUUCUGCCAAGUGGGGAUGAUAAUGCUUCACUAAGAUGCCCUGCUCAUGCAGGGAGCUGGGAAGUGACUGACUUUGUAUCUGUUGUGUUUAGUCCCUUUGAGCCUUUCUGUAAGGGGCAUAAAACAGCCACUUGAGCAGAAUCCAAAGCUCUCUCUUCAGUUCCAUGCUUUUUUAGUGGAUCAGUUCUGUGUUUUCCAUUGUAUUUAAAAUUAAUCUACUUGUAGAUCCCUGGUUUUAGCUGAAGUAAUCCCCAAGUUGUCCUUCAUGGGCUGUAUUCCUUCACAAAUGAUCCUCUUAACACUGCUUAUUUUUAUAGACCUUUCCUUAUAAUAUACUUGAUAAUUCUGUGAGAUAUUGGUCUGUCACUUACUGAAGACUAUAAAUUUCUUUCAGAAUCUUUUUGUUGAUUGUCCCAAAUGAAUUUUGCCUGGCAGCUGCAGAUAUUACUUUAAAAUUUCCUGUGGCACACCUGACUAAAACAUCACUGUGCUGGCAGUUUUGGGGUUUCGUAUUCCCAGGCCAGUCAUGGGCUGCAGGCAAGUCAUGUCAGUAUUGUUGAGUGCUUACCAGUAAAUGGGUUUAAUAGUAGGGUUUUCACAAGGAAUUAAAUACCAGCUCUGUCAGUGAAAGGUUUUAUCUCUAAUGUAAGGAAGCGCGAGUGAGGAUUUGUACUGACCUAACUAACUCUUCAUCUCAGUUGUGGCCACCAAAUCUUCAGAUCACCCCAAGAGCUGCAAAAGCUGCAUUGUCAGUGUUGCAUGAUGGAGGUAACAAGGCAGAGUUUCAGUCACUUGCCUGAAGUUACAGAACAGUUCAGUAGCAGAGCUUGGAGCUGUUUCUGCAGAUGUGCGUAGCAAGGUCUGUAGCUUGCCAUGCAAUGGGCAGGACAAUACAAAGGCUGGAAGAAGGCGGCUGGGAGAAAUGUCCUUGUUUGGGGAAAUGAGUUCCCAACACAGGCUGAGGAAUGCUAGAAAAAGGGUUUAUCCAAUACUUCUCUGGAGGUGAUAAAUGUUAGCGGGAACCCGAUGGAGUGCAAACUCUAACUCUGAGAAUUAUGAGGGAAAUCAAUGUCAAGACAAUGUUUUCUGUGCUUGUAUAGCUUCAGAAAUGAAAGCUCCACCUUGACUUUGGCUGGGAAUUUGGCUUUGGCUGGUGGGCAGUGUUGCCCACCAUCUGAUCUCUGUGUACUUCUGUGCCUUGAAAAAUAAACAACUUUUUACUGUCCUUUGAGACAGGGUGUUUUAAGGAUGCAAGUUGUCUAGAGACUGCAAGAGGCAUCUAGGAGCUGGGACUUUCAGAGGUCUAAGCUGGCUGUCUCACAGUGGGUAGGUCAUUAGCCUGCUGCCAGCCACGUUUUCUUUGUGUUUGAUCAGUAUAGACGUUUACUUUGGUUGCACCACAGGAACAGUGUGUGAAUAGGUAAAUAAUUGUUUAGAGUGGCUUGUUUAGUCUCACGUGGCCUUUUUCGCUCAUACAAAAUGCUGACAGGGGAGCAAGUCCUCCUAAGGGUUACUGUUUCCUUCAGCUCCCACCUGAAGCUUCUCCAUUAGCUCAAAAUGAUUUGAGCUGCAGUUGUGCUGAUGGCAGUGUAUGGAGAACACCAAACAAGGGCAGAAGCGAAUCCCUAGCAAGGAUGAAAUGCAAGAUUCACCCUUUGGUUUUGAUACUGUGCAGUGUUGUGCUCUAUACGUGACUGGCAAAGUGGGUAAGUGUGCCCAUCUGCACAUCGAGACCUUUCUACCCCACCCGUGGCUGUUUGGUUGCUGCCCCUCAUGCUCAAAAUAGAGCUGUUUCUUAGGGAACUCCCCUUCCUCCAGCCGCUAGCGCUGGGCUGCACAGUGGAGAUAGUGUUUGCAUCUGGUAUUGAGCCUUUUGCUGCCUGCAGAUAUCCUCGGUAUCGGACACAGCUGUUUGGACAGUUUUCUGAGUCAUUAAUCCAGGCAGGCGAGUAUUGAGAUAGUUUCCUCCCAAUUGUCUCUGCACUCCCUUGUCCCAUGAAUACAUCCAUGGACUAAUUUUUCAUUUGAGUGAAGGAUGAGGCUCCUUUCACCUCCCUGACAAUGCAGAACGCAGCAGCAUUUGGCUUGGGCAUCGCAGCGCAGCUGGCUGACUCGUAUUCCUCGUGACCACCCCUGUCCUGGUGGUGAGACCCUUUCAUGGGGCUGUGCUAUUUCUAGUCACUCUCAGAUUUGUGGCUGUGUGCCCUUUCACACAGGAGUUUGAAUUUCCAUCUCCUGCUGACGUGCUGUAGUGGCCUGCCUGGGCUGCCUGCUCCUGCACGUGUUCGCUUUGCAUCCUUGUGCUGUCUCCCUGAGCCUCCCUCUUCACCUGUGAAUGACUGUGGGGCAUAACAGCUUUAAUUCCUCCUCUCCAUCCCAUUACCCUGCUGCUCACCUGCUUGGGAGAUGAUGGAAAGGACUCAUGUUUGAAACACCAUGAAGGGCAAGGCCACCCCCAGAGUCUCCAUCUUCCCCAACCAACAGGAGUAAUUAUUCAAGCCUCUCUCUCUCAUGAAUAGUUUUGAGAUCAUGUGUUUUGAGCAUAAUAUCCUUAGAGCUGUUUUGCCACUUGAGCCCUGGAUCCCUGCUCCAUGUCAUUUUAUUUUUGCCUCUCCCAGCUUGAUUAUUGAUGAGAGCAAUUUGAAGUACGUGCCACUUUAUUCGGCAGGAACAAACUAGGUGUACAAGAGAGAAAAAUAUUCCCAUCCUCUUUGUAGGAGAUUGAGCAAUGUGCUUCCAAAUCUCUGCACACAUGUACUGUCAUUGAUUCAUGUUUCUGAGGACAACUCUGUCAUUUGCAUACAGAUGACUGUGGUUCUUCCAGGCUUUGCUAUGCCUCAGGCUGCAGCUGGGCUUCAUGUUCAUGCUAUGGAACAUGUUCCCAAUCUGUAUCUGUCACUGCUACUUAAUGAAAAAGCUAAACAUCGCUUCUCUUGCAGGCUCCUCUAAUGGUUCAAUUUUAAUUUGUGUGUUGCUGACUGAUUUUCUGUUUAGGCUAUGAUAAAUAAAAAUUAGACAUUCAGAACAGAUCUCUAGCUAGUGAUGUCAACAUGUUUUGCAAAUUUAAUUUAUACCUCACAAUAUCCCUGCAAUCUGCUUUCUUCCGAGAGGGAAACUGAGGCAACCAGAGGUGACCAAGGAAACUGAGAGUCCUAAUGCUGGAAGCAAAUCUAUUGCUGCCAGUACAGGGUCACUGGCCAUGGUCCAGUUAACAUCUGUGUGUGCCAGCCAGGGGCUAGUCUGAGUUACCAAGGGCAUCAAUUGAAAGCUCUGGAAAAUCUAGUUGUAGUGAUUUAAGGCAAUCCCAUCCAUGACUGCUCUGUUUCUCUGCUGGACAUGAAUGUCACUGCAGCAGAGGCUGCAGGAAGCAGCAUACUCCUGUAUGUCAGCCCCUCCAGUCCGAGCCUCGUGUUUCGUUAUAAACCUUCUUCUAGCUGAAACAGAAACACCCGACUUUGCAAAGAAAUGGUUCAAGUGUGGUAGAAUUUCUUCUUUCUUGGCUUUGCGCUAAGGGUCUUCUCAUUUGAGGGGUUUCUGUAAGACUUUGUUCCUAGAAGUCAUUGGAAUGGAAAUGAAGUGUUUCACUGGACAUUUAGAAGUGCCACUGCUGCCAUGGUAUGUGCAAGUGAUAUAUAUGCACAUUUAUCUACUCCUGACAUCAAUGUUCAGUGUGUUAAAAUGAUGUUAAUGUUCAAACUCCAGAAUUUUAUGCUGAAUGGGAAUGAUAUUUUCAUGUGCUGCUCAAUACCUGACUUUCUGACAUUCCUGGAUGUUAGUAAGUAUUAUAAUUAAAUAAGUGUUGUCUCCUUACAGUUUUCUUGUAGAAAUGCCUGUCCCUUUUUAAAACUGAAACGUGUGAUUAGAAUUGUUGUAUGGGCUUAAGUUCAAGGUGUAGGCUGCACCUUUCAUUGCCUGUAAAGGUCCCUCAUGUAAGCAGGAGUAGCUAUUUGUAAGCAACAUUAUCUGCCAACAAUACAGGUUUCAUGGACAUUUUGCCUGAAUAAUUAUCUGUGUUGAUACUGUAUUCAGUACUGCCAUUGCCAGAGACCUUUAAAAUGGGUGUAACCAUGUCUGUUUUCAUAAAAAGGAAGAGAAACACCACUGCUUAAGACUGAGGGCAGAAAAUUGUGAUUCAAGACCCAACUUGAGCCAAGGAGAUCAUUAGGGAGGAAUUAAAUGCCAUUACUAAUCAGGAGCAGGUCACUUACAAAAUUCCUCAGACCCUGGAAUUCCAUGGAUUUCAGGAUAGUCUCAGUCUCAUGACUGACUGCAAUGAUGUAGAGUCCAUCCUGCCUCUGAGUCCGUCAGUGCUUUUAUCAAUGAUGGAAGUGCUCACAGAGGAUACCAGAUAACUUAAUUUAAUUUUAAAAUAAAACAUUUGUACCACCAAAGCAAUAAAAUCCAAUAAAUUCACAAAUGACCUCCCAGCUGUAGUGCUGUAAAAAUCCUAAAUGGAAAUCUGAACUCCAUCAGCCCUUCAUUUCUUAAAAACAAAAUAGAUAGAUACAUCAAAAGGACCAAUAACAGUUUGGGAAGGUAGGAGGUCUGUGUGAUAAAACUGGCACUUGCUGCCUUGGCUAUGGAUCAGUAACAAGGAAAAGCCUAAUAGCAUUUUUAUAUAGCUGAAGCAGCUUGUGAAUGCAUGUAGCACAUCCACAGAGCUUUCUGUUCAAAAGGCAGAAGCCAAAAUCUCAGCCUUGGUCAUUAAAGCAACCAUCACCAAUUGGAGGGGCUGCUUGAUUCACUCUCUGAGAAGUACAGCCCGUAAAGGAGCCUGUCUGUCUACAGCUCACUCUCAAACCUGUUGCUAGCGCCAACACAACCAUCUUGCCGUGGGAUGCAGGCUGGUUUGGCCGCUGUACAGCAGAUGUUCAUGCUCGUCGUCAGCAUCGACCCAAGGAGCCGGCUGGGGCCUCCUGAGCCUGGGCUGAAUUCCAGGCUGAGGUUGGCUAUUGCUACGAGUUGCUCACUGAAAAUGGUAAGGGUGAGGCCCUAGGGGCACUUGGUGGGCAUGUAGCUCGGGUCUGGUUGAAGGCAUCAUCCCUGCGUGACAGUGACUCCAUUUUACUUUGUUUACAUGGCCUUUGAUGGAGGAAGAGCAAGAUAUGAAUAAGGGUAUAAAAAUUUGAGCUUUAAGGGCAAGGUGCACAGAUCAUGCUGCCUUCUUAGGGUCCCUGGUUUAGUUAGACCUGUCUGUGGUCAUGGCAGGUGGUCUAGACUUUUGUGUUAUUGAGGAAAUUAAUGGCUAAUUAAAAAUUCUUUAGUUAGAUUAGUACCAGAUGUUUCACAAAGCACUGUUAUAAAUAUCUCUCCAGCUGCCUUUGCAAAAUCCAGUUUGAUAAUGCAGGCUCCUACUGGUCUUCAGUUUGAGAAAAUAUACUUGACAAAGUUUUCAUUUUUGGAUCAAGUUUAUGUAAAUAUUUAAAGACUUAUCGGAUUAAUAGGACUUUACAAUAACUCCAGAAGCACUCUUCUACUUCACGAAUACAAGCAGUGUCUUUUUAUACACAGCAGCAACCUCUGAAGAUGGAUGACAGCUCUCAGUUUGAUUGUCAAUUUCGUGUUUAUACUCUGUUUGACAGAUAAUAUUUUCAUGGUGAUUUACUCUUCCUCAUAAUUAGAUGUAGCAAUUAGAAUAUCUUAUAUAUUACGCUGGAAUUUUCUUCCAGUGAUGCUGUAGCUGGGUGGUCUCUCAGAUACCUGUUCCACAGCAGAGCAAGCAUGGGAAUUAACUCUCCACCACGCCAAUCUGUCUUCUUUUUUUCCCCCUUUGAAUCAUUUUAGUCUCCUGGUACUGGGGAACUUCCACUGUUUUCCCAGGAUAUUCCCUAUCCCCAGUUGAUGUUUGUUUGUCUUAUCUUUACUGAAAUUAGUUCCUUACAGAUCUGAUGAGCUGGCUUGCUAUCUUUUGCUGGGCAGCAGCAUCCCUCCUCCUUUGUCGCAGAAAACAGAUGCUCUGCCAUGUCCCUUUGGUACCCCAAGGAAUGCUUUUUCAUUUCACCAUCAACGCAGAAAAAUGGUCAGAGAUGGAAGAAACAUACAGAGAACUGAGCACCUGACAACAUUGGCAGCACCGCCCACAGCCGUGUAUCCUCUUGUCCUUGGCCUCUUAAAAACAGCUUUCCCUGCUCACUCUCGCAAAGCACAUACUGCAGUAAAGAUGAGAAUUCCCAGCCGGAGGUUGCCGCUGGGGCAGUAUUCAGCAUCAAGGUUGAUACGCAGAAGAGAGGCACGGCUGUGUGUCUAUUUUCCAUGUACAGUUAUUACACAAGUAAAUUAACUGUAAACAUACAUCUCCAUAAUGAAUGCUUGUGUGUCAAAAUGCCCAGUUUGCAUGGAAAAGGUUGUAGUAUUUGCACAUACAAAUUGGGUGCACAAUUAUGUAGUUUAAAUGACUGAACGCACUGGUAUGCUUACAAAUUCUUGCAGUCAAUGUCUUCCAGCACAGGGGCAGAACCACAGGGAAAGAAGUCCAAACGCAGCCAGAGCAGUGGUUCUCAAAGUCUCAUCUCCUCAUCUCCAACACUAUCAGAGUUGCGCUGCCAGCAUUUUAAUGGGAUGCUCCCAGGAAAGGGUCCCGUAUCUGGUGGCGAGCUGGUAGUUUCUAAAAGGCAGAGGGAUAUGAGUUUCAGGUUACUUCCCACCAUCUGGACUGCAGAAAUGCUGAGCUGAGGCUGGGCAAGGGCACAGCGCUGCAAAGCACCUCUGAUGGGUAGCAGCUGGGCUGCACUGUCCCUUCUUCACCUGGUGCAAAAGUGAUACUCGCAUCCUUGCUGGGCCAGCUGGGGAGCAGGAGAGCUGGCCCCACAGCGGGAGAGCAGCAUGCUGAGAAAGCAACAACCUGCCCUGAAAGGCUGAAAGCCUGAGCGAGCAGCAGCGAAUAUAAUGUUUCAUUGGUGCAGCUGCAAAACAAGGCAACUUUUGUAGAUUUUUGUCACUGUGUGGAGAGCUGGUUGAAAGCUUUAGGAGGUGAGCCGUGUUGUUCUUUGGCUAUAACACGACUUACUGGUUUCCUCUGGACAGGAAGAUGUAGCAUGUGCACACGUGUGUGGAUGUGCAUUUUGUUCCCCACCAGCUUCCCUUGGCUAAAGGAGAACCCAGAUACCCAUUUUGAAGAGCCACAGUAAUUCUCAGGUUUUUGUUUUCACUUUCAAGUUCUUUGUAAGAAAAAGAGCCCAUAAGCUUCGUUUCAAAGGUGGAAUCUGGAAUGCUUGCUCCUAGGUCUGGUGGCUGGCAUUGUUAAAGGGGAGGUCAUACCAGCUUCUGCAGUGUCCUCCUGGCUCACCAGUGAGCAGGGGAUUUCCCCCAUCCCUGUGCUCACUGCCAUUCCCCUCAGUUUUCUGCAAUUAUGCUGCAAAUUCUGCAUUUGUAUGCUUAAAAACCUAAAUGUUUAAUUACAUGAAAAAGCUUGUUUGAUUUGAUUAGCACAGACUUACAAAAGCAUCUGGAGAAAGUAUCUUCCAACAGGGAAGCUGUUCUUGACAGGAGAACAGGAUUAAACAGGCAUUUAGAGAGUUAAACCCUGGUGUCUUUUGGAGGCAUAGCUGGAACCAAGACCUUAAACCAACCAGAUCUGCUGUACAAAGCCACCUCAGCUGGUGCAAAUGGGCUCCAAUGGAUUGGGAGCAAAACUAAGGACUUACAGUCUUGAGAUUGAACUCGAGUAGGUCUCUUCAGGAGGUGGCCAAAGAGGAAUCAAAAACUUCUGGUUAGCCUUUGCCUGUGGCCCGCGGGGCAGAGAGGGAGAGACAGAGAAAAAUGAAACAGAAUUACAGUCUCAAUGCUGUGAUUAAUGUUGGUGUUGAAAGGGGAACAGGGUUCUCUGAGUUGCCUGCCUAAUCACAGGCUGUAACCUGCUUGGCAAGUCUUUUCCACUUUAGACUCUCCUGGCUGGCAGCCAGAAAUAUUACUUCUGGGACAGGUGACAUUGUGUAGGUUUGACAUACCUCUUCUGUUGUCUUUGUAAUGCUGCCAGCAUCCUGUGGUCAUUUUCUGUCAAUUGGGCUCUUGUUCCUUUGGGGGACUUAUAGCUCAAGUAUUCUUUCUUUCUGUUGUGGAGGGGAGAGGGAGGAAGAAGAAGGGAGAACUUAGAAAACAAAAUUAGAUGCUUGAGAUAACAAAGGCUAUACCAAAUUCCCUAGGAUUCACAGCAAGGAAUUAUGCUUCAGGUCAAUUUUGAUUUCUAGAAACCAACCUGUUGGUUAAAUCCCAGAUCAAAAGUGCUCCUUUAAAGACUUGCUCUGUGCCUUGACCAUUGCCAUAAAAAAAGCAAUGUUGAAAGAGUGUGGUAGGUCUGGGUUUAAGCAGGGCUCACCAUGUGCUUAGGCUUUAAGAAAAAAAGCUGUUCCAUGAACAGCUGACCUUAUGAAGUCUAGUUUCCUGCAGGUUUGGCUUUCUGUCUCGUCACCUCUGUAACCCCGUCUCCUCCAUCUCUCUCGAGAAAUCUCUUGCAGACAAGAAGGAAGGCAGCAAGCAGGUGUCUGUGGGUGCUGCUUGAUCAGCUGCCUGCCCCAUGGCAUCUCCGCUGAGCUUUCUCACCUUCUCAGCCAGAUCCUGGGAUCUUUCCCUACUGCACAAACCAGGUGGGAACUAAAUUAUCUCAAAGACUUCAAUCCCUCUUCCAAAUCUGGGUGAGAAUGGCAGAUGAAUGAAGUGCUACUGGGGAGGAGCAGUGUUGCUGUGGAAAGACAGACUGAGAUGGAGGUCUGUUUCCCAAGGAAACUGCUAAAAAAAUAAUGCAGUUGUGCAAACAUGGCCACAGUUUAGUAACUAUUUGCAGUCCCUGUGUGUAGCACGGUGUGGAGUGGAAAGUGCUGCUGCUCCUAUUUGUGCUUAUGACUCUGCUGAGGACUCUCUGUGUCCCUUGGCGUGUCACUGAAUGUCACGUCUCAGGUCCAUCCCAGGUGAAAGGGAGAAAAUGGGGCAUGUUGCCUGAUGGAUGUCAGGCUCUUUGGGUUAACUCUGGCCACGUGGAGGGGACUGCACAACGGGGCCUCAAACUUGGCUGAGGCCUUUGUGUUUCUGGAACACAAACAACAACUAACUUUCAGUUUAUAAUAAUCUCAGUAUGUAUCUAUUUACAUAGCUGUUUAGUCCAUAAAAGUUUCUCAUGAAGGCUCUUUCCAAAGCACGUAGAGUACGUAAGGCUAUUGCUGUGCUAUUGCUGUCCAUUUCUCCAGCUUCAGGGUUCCUUUCUGAAGCAAAUUUAAGCACCCGAAUGCAAGCUGACCAGCAGUCCUGACAAUAUUUGGAGCUCUAAAAAUGAGCACUAGGAUUUUUGAUACUGUUCCCAUUUCUAACUGGCAACCAAGGGAAAGCUCUCGGUGUGGAGAGAAUUAACAAAAUGCAUGGGUAAGUGAUGGUCAUGACUUGUGUUUUGCCAAGCAGAGGCAGGUCAAGCGAUUUGGGUGGAAAACAAAACCCAGCUCUGAUUGGCAACAGCCUCGGCAUAGCGAUCCCCACCUCCUCGUCUCCUCUGUCACUCUGGAACAUGUCCUUGGAGCACCUCACGGUGCAGCAUGGGGUCAUGCCAGGUGGCCCGCCAGAUCUUCAGGGAGAGGGGAGCAGGAACCAUCCAGAGAGGCCAGACGGUCAAUACAGUGAAUUGAGAACCAUGGAUGACCAUUGCAGCUCCCAUUAACUAAAUUAACCAGCAUCCUGCCUGGUCUGCAGAGGCAACUUCAUCAUACUCAUGAUGGGAAAUGUGUCCAACGCCUUGGUGUUCAUCUCCACCUUAUCGGAGAGAGAAGACCUGAUUUUUGGCACACUCUAUUUAGUCUUUGGCAUUGUGUCCCUCUCUGGGAACUCGCUGCUCCUGCUGGUGGCCUAUCGGAAGAGGUCAAUGCUGAAGCCUGCCGAGUUCUUCAUCGUCAACCUGGCCAUCAGUGACCUGAGUAUGACAGUGACACUCUUUCCCUUGGCCACCUCAUCCUUCUUUGCGCACAGGUGGCUGUUCAACCAGGCAGUGUGCACCCUCUACGCCUUCUGCGGGGUCUUGUUUGGGCUGUGCAGCCUCACCAGCCUGACGGUGCUCAGCACGGUUUGCUGCCUGAAGGUCUGUUACCCAGCAUAUGGCAACAAGUUCUCGCCCUGCCACGCCGGAGUGCUGCUGCUGUGCGUCUGGGCAUACGCCCUGAUGUUUGCCACGGCCCCCUUGGCCGAGUGGGGCAGCUACGGCCCCGAGCCCUAUGGGACAGCUUGCUGCAUCACAUGGAAAGCCUCGAGCAGGGAGGCCACGCUCUACAUCCUCGCCCUCUUCAUCUUCUGCUACCUUCUCCCCUGCCUCCUCAUCCUCGUCUCCUACUCGCUGAUCCUCUGGACGGUGCGGGUGUCCCGGAGAGCCGUCAGGCAGCACACGUCCCCCCAGCGCAGAGCCCGCAGCGUGCACAGCCUCAUCGUGAAGCUGAGCGUUGCCGUGUGCCUGGGGUUUCUGGCUGCCUGGACCCCUUACGCCGUCAUUGCCCUGUGGGCAGUCCUUGGCGAUGCCAGCCAGGUGCCGGCACUGGCCUUUGUGCUGUCAGCUGUCUUUGCCAAGUCCUCGACGCUCUACAACCCCCUGGUGUACCUGCUCUUCAAGCCCAACUUCCAGAAGUUCCUCUCCAAGGACAUGAUGCUCCUCCAGGCCAUCCGCACCCUCCUCUGCUGCGGGUGCCCGAGUGCCGCGCUCCAGCCCUUCCCAUCCUCGGGCUUCAGUGGCCACCCUGGGGCUUGCAGAAACUGCAACGACACUUUUGAGUGUUUCAGUAACUACCCCAAGUGCUACAAACUCCCCCAGGUGCCUGGCAGCUCGCCCCAGCAUGGUUCCCUGGCUAUCCUGGCUGAUGGAGCUGCUUGCCAGCCGGGGCUGAAGAGGACGGUGCAGAUGAUGGUGCUUGUCACACGGAAGAGGUCAGACCUGGGUGCUGUGAAUGUGGCAGGGGAAGCCCUGCCGUCGGAUAUCAUGAAAGACCUUCUCUGAGCACAACCAUGCCCGGCUGUGUCCCACCAGCGCACUGGAAGACAAACCCAAACGCAGCAUUUCUCUCACCUACAUAUCCGAUGGGUCCCCAGCAUGUUCUGUAGAUGAAGUGACACGAAAAUUUAAGACCAACCUUGCCUCCUUCUCCGGUUUGGCUCUUGCAACUCUGAGCCUAGUCUUUGCACUUGCAAAAAAAAAAAGACCCCCAGUGCCUGAAAUCUGCCCAGCGUGCAAGUCCAGGGUGCAGUUUCUCCUGUGGCUUGCUCUCUGGGCCCUUGGCCUUUGUUUUUCCAUCCUGGUGCUCUGAUGACCAAGUAGGAACUUGGUUGUCUUAAGAAACUGUGCCUGGCAGGGAGGCCUGGGGAUCAGGAGGCCCUGAGAGGCAUCCUGCCUCCAGCGCCAGCUCCUACAGCCCCCGCUGACCAUGUCCUGUCCUGUUGGGGAGCGGGACCAUGCCACUCAGCUACCUCACUUGGGAUUAUGAAGCAUCUUUAUAUACCUCUCAAGAGACUACUCUCUGUGCAGGCUGGGUUACCCCACUCCCUCGAUUUGAGUGCAAACCCACCACCGCCUAUAGAUCAAAAUGGGAGCUUGUCUUUAGAGUAAGGAUUUGGGGUUAAAAUAAUCCCAGUGUGAGUAAUAGCAGUCCCAGGUCAUGCUCUCCAGGCAGGGAAUGGCAAAUCUGUGGCCGAGCACCACCCUGGAGCUGUGGCUGUGGCUGCAGGGUGUCUCCUGGCAGCUGGGACGAGGGGGCAGCUCACGCCAUCUGCACUGCCGCG